AUGGCUUCUCAGGUCACAAAUACCAGCGCUGCGGGGAAGCAGGCGACAGAUGAGGAGAUUACCCGUCACCGCGUCAUGGCUCGCCUGAGUGACAUCCGCACUCAGCCCCUAAAGCAGCUGCCCAUGACCGCUUUCAUGAUGUGGAUGGUGGGCAAUGAGGUCAGCAUCUUUUCGAUCAUGUUUGUCGGCAUGGCCGUUGUGAACCCACUGCAGUCUAUCCUCGGUGUUGGCAAGAUGUUUGCUGACUUCGAAGAGGACGCGAAGACUGACCGCCAAAUUCGAUCGGCCGUGAAUCAGGCCCGCUGGAUCUUCAUUGGCUGCUGCCUGAUCGCCUUUUUGGUAGCACUUGUGAAGCUAAACUGGAUGGAGCUGCUGCCGGUGAGCUCCAUGGACUGGAUGGACAACACACCGCCGACCUACCAGGAGUUCAGCAGCGGCGCUUUCUACUAA